ACUGGACCUGGGCCUGUCCGCGGGCGCUGAGGGGUCGGUGGCUGCGGGGGGUUGGGGCUGUGCCGCCGCCGGACCCCUCGGCUCCGAGCCGCCGUUCCCGCCCCAGCUGCCGAUUUUUUGAUUGCCAUGGCAGGCACAAGAAACGCAAUGAGAGCUGUGAGAGUUUUUGAAUUUGGUGGCCCUGAAGUGCUCAAACUGCAGUCAAAUGUCUCAAUUCCCAUUCCAAAUGAAAAUCAGGUGUUAAUUAAGGUCCAUGCCUGUGGGGUAAAUCCUGUUGAGACAUAUAUUCGUUCUGGCAACUAUGCCAGAAAACCAGCUUUGCCCUAUACGCCUGGCUCAGAUGUGGCUGGUGUCAUUGAAGGUGUGGGGGAACAGGUGACUGCAUUCAAGAAGGGUGACAAGGUUUUCAGCAUUGGCACAGUCUCUGGAGGAUAUGCAGAGUAUGCCCUUGCUGCAGCUAACAGGGUCUUUCCUCUGUCGGAUAAGCUGGACUUCAGGCAGGGGGCAGCCCUUGGAAUACCCUAUUUCACUGCUUAUCGUGCUCUGAUCCAGAAAGGAUGUGCCAAGGCAGGGGAAAGUGUGCUAGUGCAUGGUGCUAGUGGAGGAGUAGGAAUAGCAACAUGUCAAAUUGCCAGAGCUUGUGGUUUGAAGGUUUUGGGUACAGCAGGAACUGUGGAAGGCAUGAAUGUGGUUUUGAGAAAUGGUGCUCACCAAGCGUUUAAUCACAGAGAAGCUAAUUAUGUUGAUAAAAUUAAGGAAUACACAGGGAUGGAGGGAGUGGAUGUCAUAAUAGAAAUGCUCUCUAACAUCAAUUUGGCUACUGACUUGCAACUGUUGUCCUAUGGAGGAAGGGUGAUGGUUGUGGGCUGUAGGGGUCCUGUUGAGAUUAAUCCUAGAGACACUAUGAGUAAAGAAUCUAGCAUAACUGGAGUUAGUCUGUUUCUUGCAACUGAGGAGGAGAUGCAGGAUUGUGCAAGAGCAGUCCUUGAUGGGAUAGAAGCUGGCUGGCUGAAACCCCUGGUAGGCUCUGAGUAUCCACUGGAGAAAGUGGUUCAGGCUCACGAGGACAUCAUGCACAGCAGUGGGGCUCGGGGGAAGAUGGUGCUCCUUCCAUAAAGACUUUCCCCACUGAUUUUGUGCCUAUUUCAGCUGCACCUUUGCUUCCAUAAUUCAUUUAAUCUCCAUUAUAAAACGUACUUUUGAUCAGGUUUGACCUGACUAGCAGGUGCUAGCUUAGGUUAAUUAAUUGUUUCCUUUUAGUAGUAAGAAGAGUUGCAUAUAUUGUAAAGUAGCUUUUUUGGCUGAUUUGGAAAGAAUAAAUUUUCUUGGCUGAUGUGGCCGUGUGAUGCAGAAGAAACCAACAGCUCAGACAGGCUUUGUUAUUGUUCACUGUGCAGCUGAAAAGAUGGGUUGGAAGCAGAGGCAGUUCCAUUUUGCUAUGCCAGACUUAGUGUCUGAGGUGAAAGUGUCCCAGGUUUUCUUUAUACUUUGUAUGUUUUUAAAUAAUAGAUUCUUUUAAUUUGG